UCAUGAAUGAAGGGAGGUCUCAAAGUCAGUUUCUUUCUUUCUCUUUCUUUUCUCUGGUUGUAAAUGUUACGGUCUCUUCUCUUCUAUUUACAUGUGAAUACUUGUCAGGUUAAAAAAAAAAAAGGUGAUUUUUUAGAGAGAGAAAGACAAAGUAAUGCCCUUUUUCCCUUUCUCAGUGUUGAGUAAUCUUCAAACCACCAGCCUUUCCAGCAAUACAGAGUUGCUAUUUCUUUCAAAGUUUUGCCCUUUUUCUUGUUCCCUUGCCUAUUUAGCCUGUCGCUUUCUUGAGAGUGAUGCAUCAAAGUAGAAGAUACCCAGAUGGAAUAAAGACUUGAGUUUCAGAUUUUGUACCAUUUUUGAGAUGAAUCUUUGAGAUGCGAAAUUGAACUCGAGUGUUUGAGGAAAGACCCAAGUGAGUGUUCUACAGUAGUGAAUUGGAGUCUUUUUGUUGAAAAGAUGAGAGAUUUUCCUUCUUGCUUUGGUGAAAAUGGGGUACAAGUAGCAGAUUCUUCAUCUUCAAAUACUAGUAAAAAUGCACAGAAUUUAGUAACUUGUGUGUAUCAAUGUCGAAUUCGAGGCCGUUCUUGCUUGAUCACUAUUACUUGGAGUAAGAAUUUGAUGGGUCAAGGCUUAAGUGUUGGAAUGGAUGAUUCUGCUAAUCAGUGUUUAUGCAAGGUUGACAUUAAGCCCUGGUUGUUCUCGAAAAGAAAAGGGUCUAAGAGUUUAGAAGCCUAUUCUUGUAAAAUUGACAUCUAUUGGGACCUUUCAUCAGCUAAAUUUGGAUCUGGUCCUGAACCACUAGAGGCAUUUUAUGUAGGUGUUGUUGUCGACAGGCAAAUGGUCCUUCUUCUUGGCGAUAUGAGAAAAGAAGCUUUCAAGAAAACUAGUGCCGCCCCUAUUUCUUCGACUGCUGUUUUUGUCUCAAAGAGAGAACAUGUUUUUGGGAAGAGGGUGUUUAGCACCAAGGCUCAGUUUUCUGACAAUGGUCAAGUUCAUGAUCUUGUGAUUGAAUGUGACACAAUUGGUGUUAGUGAUCCAUGCCUUGUAGUUCGAGUGGACUGUAAGACUGUGAUGCAAGUGAAGCGGCUGCGGUGGAAGUUCCGAGGGAAUCAUACCAUAUUGGUUGAUGGGCUAGCAGUAGAAGUUCUUUGGGAUGUUCAUAACUGGCUCUUUGGCUCAUCGGUUGGGAAUGCUGUUUUUAUGUUCAAGACAUGCCUCUCAGCUGAGAAGUUAUGGUCUAGUCAACCACUUUCAGAUCCAAAUGUGUUACCAUGGUCCUUCUCACAGAGAUUUCUGGAUUCCAAAUCACAAAAUCUCGGUUUUUCAUUGAUUUUGUAUGCUUGGAAGAAUGAAUAGAGACUCAGAAAUUUUUCUUUGAGUGCUAACAGAACAGUUAGGAGUUGUGAUUUUUAUUGAUUAUGUGAUUGAUUACACCUACUUUGAUUGAACAGUUUUUCCUUUCUUCUUUUUGCCCUGUUGAGUUACUUGAGCAAUUGAAUUGAUACAAUUUCGUGUUCAUAGCUGGCUAUAUACCCUCCAUAAAUUGUCCGCUACCUUUUCUUCACUGGUUCGUUUAAAUAUCCAUUAUCAACACAAGACUUAAGUUAAUGCUUGAAGGUUUUUUAUUUGUGGUCGGAUUCUGUUCCCUCGACAUGCAGCAUAUAGCACAUCUUUAUUCAUUAGUUUUUUGAGUUGAAACCUCCUUAAUGGUCACUCCAUAGCAAGUUGUCUUGGUCAUAAGCAUGUGCUUCUUUUCCUAGAAUCAUUUCAAUAAUCGCUGACAGAAUUCUUGUUGAUUUUCUAUUUGUUUGAGAUUGAUACCUCUGUGUUGCAGGGAAAGAAUUUUCAGAUUAGAGAAUGCUUGGAAUUCAUAUAAGAUAUAAUGAUUGCUCAUACCAUAAUGCUGGAAAAGGAACUUAAAAGAAUGCUAAUAAUCCAGUUUCGGCAUUUAAAAUCUGCGGUUGAUGGAUCUUGGCAGCCUAGACAGAUUCUGGGCUUAUGGCCUCUCCUAAUGCAGCAUGGUAUACCUGUAUGUAGACAUUUCCAGCUGGUUCUCUGUCUAGAUCCUGUUCUAGGUUAUGAUUCUGCACGAACUCGGCAGGGGAAAUAUCAGUGUUCUCUUGGACACUUUGCUCUUUGCAAUUGCAUUUUUAUCCCAGUUUUCAACAGCACGUGUAAUUUUUCAGGUGCUCUUUUCUUGAAUUUGUUAGUCUUAUUUCAAGCUUGUAGCAGGUUAGCAGCCUUUCAUUAAUUAGACCAUUUUCAGAUUUCUUGUCUCUUAUUUGCAUUUCCUGUUUCAAGAUGAUGUUUAUGUCAAGAUAUGUAAACAUAUAUCAGUACACUGGCAUGUCUGCUUUUCUACUUCAGUUUAUCAUCUGAAUAAGAUCCCCCACCUUAGGUGUCUGUGAA